CUGGGUCGGGCUGUCAUCGGGCGAGAAAAGUGAAAUCCAUCCGCACCGCAGACGCCAUUUAAACGUUGGCGCAAGCCUGGAGAGAGAGAAGACAAAAUAUUUUUGUUUUUUCCUACCAUCCUGGUUCUGUUUGGUUCCACAUUUCGUUUUAGUUUACCAUCGUAAGCCUUAGCUUAGCACGUUAGCAGUAAGCCACAGUCGCAGUGCAGGACGUAUGCGAUGAUCCCGAGAACUAAAGUGUUUGUAGGCAGCUUGCCACCGGCGACGAAGCCGGAGGAAGUGCGCCGGCUGUUCGAGAACUAUGGCGUGGUGACGGAAUGCGACGUCAUGAAUCGGUGCGCGUUCGUCCACAUGCAAAACCAGGAUAUGGCCGAGAGUGCGAUCCAGGCGCUGCACAAUACCACCUUCAAGGGUGUGACGAUCGUGGUGGAGCGUGGCCGGGUGCGGGAAAGGCCGCCGGGCGGCGUCGGAGGCGGCAGCAUGGACAGUGCGCGCGGUCGUCCCGGCGCCGGUCCGAUGCGAGGCUCGCGCGGUGGAAUGCGCAGCCAGCCGUACGGUGUCGGCGCUGGGUACGGUGCCGCUCGCACUCCGGGAGGUUAUGGGGCACGUGCAAACUAUGGUACCGGCGGUGGUCGUUAUGAAGGAGGUUAUAGGAACGAUGCCGGGUACAGUUCCUCCAACAAUGCUUAUGGGUACGGUUACAGCAGCAAUGGCGGGGGCUAUGGAAGUACCCGGCACUCUAGCAGCGAGGACCGCCGCGGUUUUACACUGCCAUCCUAUCCCUCCGAUCCGAGCCGGGGAACGUACGGUAGCAAUUACGAUGGCUAUUCCAGCUACGAUGGCGGCUACAGUAGCUACGGGUACGAUACUACACAAGCAUCCUCCAGCUACCAGCGAUGGCCAUCUUCAGCUCCAGCAACGGCAGAUAGCUACUCAUAUGCUGGCGGCUACUCACAAGCUUCGGCGGACCCCGCAGCAGCAGUGGGACAAACUACAGAUUAUAGUCAAUCUUAUCCUUCCAUGAGCAGUAGCUCCUCGGGAUACCGUUCCGCUUCCGGGUACGGUCAGCCAGCGUCGGGCAGAAGAUUCUAGGAAGAUGCCAACGGAGCUGCAUGAGAAUGUGUGAGAGGGGUCAGCAGCAACAGCAGCGGCAGGGAGGAAAUCUUAUACGUUUGUUCAAUGCGACAUUGCGUCCCACAACCUCAUGUUAAAGCCACCAGGAUCAGCGCUACUCUAGGACGGUCCACGGUAUCAUGUACUGUUACUAUCAACGAUCAUCAUCUCUCGCCCUACACAAUCAUCGUAAUCAUCGGUUUUGCUCACGAUUAUGCUCUUAGUUUUCACGCCGCCACGUGAAAGUAGUUGGUGUAGCACAUUUGUAAACUUCGGUACCCUCUGCACUAACCAAACCAUUCAGAUAAAGUGAAUGCUUUCUGCAUUUUCACGGCAGUGGCAUGAUUUGCGAAUAAGAACAAAGAAAGAGUUGCUAAUUUACUUAACACACUACUACGGUACUGGUUCAGAUUGCCAACUGGCAGCAAUCUUUCCUUCCCUUCUUGAGAAUGAGUAUAUAAUUUGUUACUGUUUGUUAAUGUGCUUUAGAAAUGUGCUAUUUCCAGUUUUUCUUUCUUUCUAAUUUUCGCUUCAAAUUUACAAUCGAAAACGACCGAUUGUGCGGACAAAUCGAACCGUAAGCAUUAGGGCAUAGAAGGAAAAGCAGCCACUCUGAUCAGUCUAAUGAUGCGUUAUCCAUUUUUUUAUGUAUACCCCGAAACCGGCAGCGGGAUCAGAAUCAGGUUAAUGCAUGCGCACAUAGAAACAAUGCGGAAAGACAAAUUCAUAAGGGGGCACAUCACCUGGGAGAAAAAGGACACAUCGGCUGGGAACGUUUAGAUGAAAACAAAAAAUACGAUAGGACAGUGCAUAUUAUGAUGAGCGGAAACUAGAAAGACAAAGACUAAGUCGGAGAGUGGGGAUUGAUGAAUGAACGGCAAACAAACAUGCACGAUAGAAGUUACACACAUCCAAACCGCGAAGUAGAGAAGGAGGCAGACUUGUGCGUGUGCCCAAGAUGGACAGUUUUUGUUGGUGGAGAGAAGCAGCAGCAGCAGCAGUGCGAAUGAGAGUGAGCAUUUCGUUUCGUUUUCUGAUCUAAUAAUUUCAAAUCGCCAACAAAGUUCUGGUUCUCUACUGUAUUUAUAUUUAUAUAUAUACACACACACGCAACAAAAACUGAAACAAUUAUAUUUACGAAAUGCAGCAUGCAGCAGUGCGGCAAACCAGCGGGACAGGCAGCGCAACCGUGAAGACGCUUUUCCCGCCAUGGUUCCGCACGGUCUGUAAUAUACAUACACACACACGCCACGUACACAUGAUACAACACAUCCCCAUGAUACAUAGAACACAGUGAACAAAACGAUCAUACACUUGCAUAAACACGCAUACAGAACUCUUUUUUGAUAUAGUAUAAUAAAAUCGAAAAUCAAUCAAACUA